GAUGGCAGAGCUAUGCGGAGGAGACGCAUCGUGCCUUCGGAUGUACGAGAAACUUUCCAUGGCUUCUCCUGCGGGGCUGCGGUGAGAAACCAACACUGGAGGGAGCAGAAAAGCAACAGCUGUGCAUCGCUGGGAGUAAAAUGUGGAUGAACUGACUUUUGCUCCAUAUCCAGGCCGGUAAUUAUUCACUUGAAGAGCAAGUACUUGACUUUCGAAAAUGGCCGUUCGUGGCAACUCAUUGAUGCCUUUCUCAAUCCAAGCCAUUCUUAACAAAAAAGACGACAGUCGGCACUUGCCUGAUUUGGAUAUGUGCUUCUCCAAGACGGCGUGUUGGAAAAUAUUUGGGGACAUGAACAGCGGGUCAGCGGACUUUCCCUCGGCGUGCAGAAGUGAUGAUGGGGGGACUUGUGAACCCACGGACCAGAAAAGUUAUGACUCGGACUCGGGACUCAGCGACGACAAUGACAGCAAGACUCUGGCCGUGUGCAAGUCCGAGAAAGACGGAGACCCUGCUUCAGAUCUGCUGGAGGAGAGUCUGCAGGAGGAGACGGACCAAGAAUCUGCAGCUGUGGAAAACGCAAAGAGCGACUGUGAGCCUAAUGCUACGGACCCCAACACCCUGGAUGAGGGGAGCUGCGACAAGAGCCUGGACCAGCCCAAACAGAGGAAGAAGCGCUCAAGGGCCGCUUUCUCCCAUGCGCAAGUCUUCGAGCUGGAGCGCCGCUUCAAUCACCAGCGGUACCUGUCCGGGCCGGAGAGGGCGGACCUAGCGGCCUCCCUGAAGCUGACAGAGACCCAGGUCAAGAUCUGGUUCCAGAACCGCAGAUACAAGACAAAACGCCGUCAGAUGGCUGCGGAUCUGAUGGCAUCGACGCCGGCAGCUAAGAAAGUGGCUGUGAAAGUUUUGGUCCGGGACGACCAGAGACAGUACAGCCCCGGAGAGAUCCUCCGGCCUCCGCUGCUCUCCCUGCAGCCGUCCUACUAUUACCCGUACGCCUACUGCCUUCCCGCAUGGACACUGUCCGCCUGUGCGGGGAAUCAAUGAGACUUCGGUGUAUUUAUUCUUAUUUUCGUUUCUCCCAGGAAAUGAAAUGAAUUGUUUUUAACCAGAGGAAAAGACCUGAGUGGACUGGUAUCAGCUCAGCGUCUCCGACUGAACUGCCUCAUCGUGUUGUCCAGACCAGGGGUUCCCCUACCUUUCAUGUCAAGGACCCCCAGUUAUUUACGCAUUAAAUCCAUUAUAACAUGUUUCCAGAAGGAACUCCAUCCAAGAAGAUAUUUCUUGUGAUUUAGUAUUUACUGUCUUUACUGUAGGUGGAGAGAGUGCACCUAUUUUUACAUUGUCAUUGUGUUAACUCUAGGGAGUGACAGAGUAGUAAAAUUCAAGUAUUCCUCAUUUUACUUGGGACCCCUGGAAGCCCCUCAAGGACCGCUGGAGGUCCCCGGACCCCACUUUGGGAACCAGUGGUCUAGACUGAAAAUGUCACCUUUGUUGGUUUGUUAUAUGCGCCUUCCUACCUCUGCAAUGAUUGGAAAUAGGCAUAUUCCAUUGACUUCAAAUAAUUAUCUCUGUUACAGGUUGUUUUUCCUUGCUGUGUUUGUAAAGGUAAGAUAUUUCAGCACUUUUGAGCGUAUACAUUACAGUACUACAAAUGUAAAAUGCAUUUAGUGUGGGCAUGUACAUCAUCGGAGUGAAAAGAGCAAUUGAAGUUUUGUUGUAUUUUUGGCCUGAAAUCUGUGGCAGGAAUCAGGCUG